AUGGCGGAUGUCAAAGUAGAGAUACGGGGCAACGGCCCGCUGCGGGUCAUUGGCGAGAUUGAGAUUGUCGACCAGAGUGGCAACAACUACACCAUUCCCGAGGGUCAGUGGGUCUCCUUCUGCCGCUGCGGACAGUCGGACAAUAAGCCCUUCUGCGACGGCACGCACCGCGACUGCGGGUUUGAGGGCGUCAGCGAGGCAAAGUAA